AUGGCCAGUGGCCCCAGCAGUGGCCCCAGCAGUGGCCCCAGCAGUGGCCCCAGCAGCUGCCAGCAGCAGUGCCAGCAGCAGUGCCAGCAGUGGCCCAGAGACAACUCCGGUCUACCAACUGCUGUGGUACACAGUUUGUGUGUGGGAUGGGAUCUAUGGGCCCAGGGCGACGUGCACGCGAUCGGAGUGAACGAGAGCGAGUUCAGACUCUUCCGCGAGUACAUGGCGCUUGAGGAUGCGGAUCGGAGCGCUGCAUCGCUCAUGGGCUCGAAUGUGGACAUACUGGACACGGGCAGCCUGGAGACGAGACGGCUGUUGAGGCAGCGAUGGCUCCGUCGGAGCCUCCUGCUUCGCGUGCCGGUUCCAUCGGACAUUCUUUCAGAUGAGCCCGGGCUGAAAACUCAAACGAAGGAGUACGUGGAUAGGCUGUUGAAGAUUUUCGCUCACGAUCGCAUGACGGGGGAGCAUCUUCUUGAAUGGUUGAGAAGCAACUAUGGUAGAGAUGAAGUAGAGGAGUUGCUCCAAGCCAGGAACCUGUCGAAGGAGGGUUUGCGAACUACAUUGCAGCCGUUCUUGAACUGGUUCAAAGAAAAUUUCCCAUACUAUCGGGGGUCUUGUCUUCGAUGCAAUCAUGGCGAUACAACAUACCUCGGUAUCGUUGCACCAGAUGGGAAUGAGUCUCAUUUUCAAGCACUCAAGACCGAGAUCUGGCAUUGCCCACAGUGCAAAAGCUUCUAUCGGUUUCCUCGAUACAAUACGAUCAGAAACGUUCUCUCCUCUAGACUGGGGAGAUGCUCCGAGUACAGCAUGGCGAUGUAUCAUAUCAUGAGAUCUCUGCACUUUCCUACCAGGCUGGUGGUUGACUGGGCAGAUCAUCUGUGGGUGGAGGUCCUCUCGCGAGACGAGUGGAUUCACAUCGAUCCUUGCGAGGCGGCUUUCGACAACAAGUCCAUGUACUUCGGCUGGGGGAAGAAUCACACCUACAUCUUCGCGUUCAGCAAGUGGCGACGCUUGCGAGGAUGUGACUGGAAACUACGUCAAGGAUUUGGAUGA